AUGGUAUUCUUGCCCCACGCCAAGUUCGGCCAGCUGGGCCACGUCCCCGACCACAUUCCUGUCAGCGAGUUCAUGCUCAAUGAGAAGUAUGGCCGCAUGUCUCAUGACCACGCUCGCGACCCCUACACCUGCGGUCUCACCGGCCAGACCUACUCCUCACGCCAGGUGGUCGAUCGAGUGGACUGGGUUGCCCGCGGGCUGGCGAAGGAAUUCGGCUGGAAGGCAAACCAAGGAAAUGAAUGGGACAAGACGCUGGCCGUCUUCAGCGUCAACACGAUUGACUCGUUGCCCUUCUUCUGGGCCGUUCACCGACUUGGGGGUCUGGUCUCUCCGGCAAAUGCGGCUUACUCUGCCCCCGAAUUGAAACACCAGCUGCUGGAUUCAGGCGCAAAGGCCCUCUUCACCUGUGUUCCCCUCUUGCCCGUGGCCCUUCAAGCCGCUGCUCUGGCUGGCUUGCCCAAGAGCAAGAUCUACCUGAUUGAUGUCCCACAAGCGAUGCUGGGAAGCGCCCAGCCCUCGAAGGAGUUCAAGUCCGUGUCCGACAUUCUGGAGGCCGGCAAGUCCCUCCCACCCGUGGAUGAGUUGAAGUGGGGACCUGGCGACGGCGCGCGACGCACUGCAUUCCUGUGCUAUUCGAGCGGAACUUCAGGCUUACCGAAAGGUGUUAAGAUAUCCCACCGCAAUGUGAUUGCCAACACCUUGCAGAUCAAGGCCUUCGAGCAGAGCUAUCGUCAAAGCCAGAAGCCCAGAGAUGGCCGGCCGGCGUAUUCGGAAAUUUCAUUGGGUCUUCUGCCGCAAAGUCACAUCUACGCGCUCGUUGUCAUUUGCCACGCAGGUGCCUACCGUGGUGACCAGACCAUCGUUCUUCCCAAGUUCGAGCUCAACUCUUACCUGGCUGCUAUCCAAAACUUCAAGAUCACAGGCUUGUUCCUGGUUCCUCCGAUCAUUAUCAACAUGCUGCGCAGCCAUGAGACAUGCUCAAAGUACGACCUGAGCUCGGUUCGCACCCUGUUCACUGGUGCAGCUCCCUUGGGAAUGGAGACGGCGGCCGACUUCCAAAAGAUCUACCCCAGCGUUGCCAUUCGUCAAGGAUACGGUCUGACUGAGACCUGCACUGUGGUUUGCUCAACCCACCCCGAGGAUAUUGUGCUGGGCUCUUCAGGAUGCCUUGUCCCCGGAUUUGAAGCUCGCAUCAUCACGCCCGAGGGCCAAGAAAUUACCAGCUACGACACUCCCGGCGAACUGGUUGUCCGAUCACCGAGUGUGGUAUUGGGCUACUUGAACAACGAAAAGGCCAACAAGGAGACCUUUGAAGACGGAUGGAUGCGCACGGGAGAUGAAGCGGUCGUUCGUCGCGGACCCAAGGGCACCGAGCACAUUUUCAUUGUCGAUCGCAUUAAGGAACUGAUCAAGGUCAAGGGUCUGCAAGUUGCGCCCGCCGAGCUGGAGGCUCACCUCCUUGCCCACCCCGACGUGGCCGAUGUGGCUGUCAUCGCCAUUCCCGACGAGGCCGCGGGUGAGGUCCCCAAGGCCAUUGUAGUCAAGUCUCCGUCUGCCAGCUCCGACGAUGCUGUGGUAACCCAGUCCAUCAAGAGGCACGUUGAGGAUCACAAGGCCCGCCACAAGUGGCUAAAGGGUGGAGUCCGAUUCGUUGAUGCGGUUCCCAAGAGCCCGAGCGGUAAGAUCUUGCGACGACUGAUCCGCGACCAGGAGAAGGAGGCGCGGAGAAAAGCUGGCUCCAAGCUUUGA